AAGAUCAAAAACAACUUGAUUGCACUGAUCGAUAAAUUACGAGGAAAUACCGAGGAAAGUCAAACAGUCAAAUCGCUGGUAGAGAUGGUCAACAAUUGCAAUUUACAAGAUAUGUUCCAUGACGCUUUACUUGUUGCUACGACUAACUAUUACUCGAAUGCUGUUGCUCAAUUACUGGAAGGAGGAUUGGAUGUCUUUUUGCAGAAAGUGAAAGAAAUGAUCGAUAGAGAAGAUGUUGUGGCUACAAAACACUACAUUCAAUGUAAACAAGACGUGAUCAGUUUUGCUGAAAAGGAACUGAUGGUCGAGACUAUGGAUUAUCUGUUGAUGACGAAGAAGUCACAGUUGAAGGGUUUUAUAUCGAACAAAAAUUCGGAAAUGAUCAAUCUGUUCAUUGCACUGUCGACAAGAGUCAAGAAAGAAGAAGACAUGCAAAAAGCACUCAUUGAAGUGUUAACGACAUUGGUAAAGGACUUCUGCGGAGAGAAAGACGAACAAGUCAUGAUGAAAAAGCUCUUUGACAUGUACGAGUACCUCACCUUCAUCUCCAAGAGCUCACCAGUGAUGGAUCACAUCUCUAAAACUGCUUAUGAGAAGUCGAUUAACAUGUUUGAUUCCAAAGUCUCGGUAGCACUAGUGAAGUUUUGUGAUCGCGUUCUGAGAAAGGGGACAAUUAAUAAGAAUGUGGGAGUACAGAUUAUCCAACUCUUCAAGUUCUUGCCAGGGAAGGAUAUGUUUGAACAACAUUAUCAACUGAUGUUGUCCAAAAGGCUUUUGUACAAAGGAUAUGACUUGGACUCUGAGAGGCUAAUGCUGAGCGAAUUGCGAGACGAGUGCGGUACGUCGUACACGUCGAAAUUGGAAGAGAUGUUAAAAGAUGUAGAAGGAGGAAAGGGGUGGCAUGCCGAGUUAAAUAAAGUGAUGAAAGAGAAGGGAAUCAAUGGGGAGUUUGGUAUGGUUGUUAUAACUGGGACCUCAUGGCCGACAUGCCCAUUAAUUACAUUUCGCAAUUCCCCAAGAA